AUGACGUUAUCUCGUUGCACUGGUUUUACAAAUAAAACGGAUAUUGGAGAUGGUAAAUGUAGAAAACGUUCAUAUGACUUACCUGGUCAAAUGACUAUUUGUAUUUGUAUAACCUCAAUGUGUAAUUAUGCUGUGAGCUCAUGUAAAGAGUCAAAUAAAAAGACUCAAGUUCAUCCUCCUCCCGCCUUUUCGCCCGUAAUCAGAACUCUGAAGCAAAUAAUUAAAUGUAGCUUUUAUCUGCCUCCUGGUAUCUAUUCAGAUGGACAAUGUAAUGCACUCUAUUGGCAACAAGAACCGCCGCCAUUUAAUGUAUGUCAGAAAUAUUUUGAGCAAAAUUCUGUUUUAUGUCAAAUACAAAUAACAAAAACAAAUACCAAGGAGGUAAUAAAAAAUGGAUAUACUAAUGAAGAAACAAGUUAUUAUGCAAUAAACAUAUUGAGACAAAAAUCCAUUCAUCCCAAUGCAAUAUUUGGCGAAACAAUCACAAGUACAAUCAUACAGUAUAAAGAGGAUGAAGGUAGUUAUGUAUCAAAUUGUCUAUGUACAACAAAUAAUUGUAACAAAGACUUUGAGAUAUGCGCUAAUGGAUUGAAAUAUAAUAAAGCAUGGGUAUAA